AUGCAAAAGAAGAUCAUAGAUGGUAACAGUGCAGAGGGACUUGGUUACGAGCCAGUGGUCAUACCGAGGGAGAAAUAUGCGAAGGUGGUGCAUGGGCGAAACAUUUUUUUGGUAACCUGUUUUGGUGGAGCCGCCUUGGUGUGGGGGAUGAGCCUGAUUCCGCAGUGGCUUAUGUAUCGCUCCUUGAGGCGCAUGUACCAGACAUAUUGUCGUGGCCGAGUAUUGGACCUGACGCCAAAGAUAGCGGAUGCCAAGGAUGUCAGCUUUUAUGAGAUGUCGAAGGCGGUUCGUGUGGAGUUUAUCGUGGACCAAAAGGUCGUUGAUGAUGGACGAUACAAAAUUGAUGCGACCCUCCCCGAGGCGGUGCAGGCGGAACGGCGGAAAGCCAUGACGUUGGAUUUUAUGGUCAAAAACGAUCACAACUGGGUUGGAAGCACAGUUGUUUUUGACCUAAUCGAACGGAGGGAAACAGAGCUGCCCGAUUUCCACAGGUACGACACUGUGGUGAUCCGAAAUGAGCUAUUAAAUAGAACCGAAACGGAUGCUCGUCAGAUGUUGAAUGCCGCCUCAACGUAUGUCAGCAAAGACGGCUAUGUACUACUGAUGGAUUUUGGGAGUCCCUCUUGGCCCACGCUCCUGUCUGCAGUGCGCUGGUUCAACUCUCUGACGAGGAGUUCCAUGCACCUCACACACGACUAUAACAAAUGGAUCAGAGAAGAUGCUCGUUACUCGCUGGUGGAAGAGCACAGGUGUCUGAUGGGGUUCCAUUAUGCGUUGGCUCUCCGGCCGAAGUCAUGA